GGAACGACGUUUACAAUUUAUGACAGUUUAUGAAAGUUACUGAUUUCGCAUAUAUGCGCAUGACUUGAUAUCAUUUCACAUAUGUAGUAUCUCCUGACGUUUGCUGAUAAUAGACGUGCAGGGAUUAUAUCUCUCCGUGUUUUGUUUAAACUAUAAAGUAAACACACUCAGUGUGCCCCUCUAUAGCUUUGUACAUGCGGUGCAAGUAAUUCAUUGAAUAAACAAUAUUGUAUAAUUUUUUAGAGAUGUAUCAAGAUAUGAUGAAGCUAUGAACAGAGAUAUUUCUCAAGCACAAUACAGAUAACUAUAACUCGUGUCAAAAAGACCUGUACAUGUCUUGGAAACAUUUAACCGAAUUCCGCCGGGUGUUUUGAUAGAAACAUCCUGUUCAUACUCCACUCGUUAGCGCUGAAGAGCGGCAUACCCCACGGCAUCUUAGUUAAAUGAGACAUCAGAUCGAAAAUCUGCAUCACUGUGUUCAGGAAUAUUUGCAUCGAUGAAGAGGGAGGAGCAUUUAUAUGAGAAAGAGGAGCAUUUUUAUGAGAAAGAGGAACACUUUCACCACAUAAGAUAAGGGAAUAACUGAACUGCCUAACACAGAAGAAUACUUACAUUGCUUAAGUGUUGUAAGACUUACAUCACUUAAGAGAGAAGAAUAAUAUCGCUUAAGAGAAAGGAAUAUACUUGUAUCGCAUCUGGGAGAGAACAAUACUUGUAUCACGUAUGAGAGCGGAAUACUUUUAUCUCCAAACCAAGGCGUCUUGAAAAUUCACAUAGUUGUUUUCGUUGUGUACCUUUUACACCCAGUUAAGCCGGAAAAUUGAAUUCAUUCAAGAUGCUAUUGAAAUUGUUGCUGUUGGUCUUGAUAUGCUGUGUUCUAAUGCGCCGAUCCAUGGCCUCAUGGGAGGACGAAAACGGUGUUUGGUUCGGAGAACAGCGCAUAUCCUGCCUCCAACGUCGGAAGAGAGCUUUACUCCGACCUGCAUGGAACAUGGGCACACACAAACUGGUGGCGUUCCGGGGGCGGGUCUAUGAGUGGGGCUAUCACGGAACUUUCCGGAUCCGCCAGCCGUACCUGUCAGACUGUACAGAGCUAUGGGACGCCGUUCAGGCCGGAAUCAGCGGGUGUACACCCAGGGAUGCCCAGGAGUUCUCAGAGUCGUAUGCCGACCGUUACGGUGCAUUUGAUGUACAAAACAACAACAGUCACCAUUUUGCUAGCCGUCUGGUGGAAUUCCUACUCUCUGUUUGUAUUGCUAAAUGAAGACAAUGGUGUGUCACCCAGACACCGACGAUCUUACACUUUUGUGUGCAGUGUUCAGGCCCAUUUACACUCAUCGUAUAAUUAUGUGUAUACGUAAUUUCCAUUCUGAGCGAACAUUCUGUCUUCAACACAUCUAACAUUUCCUCUGUAGCACAUUGUCAGAAAUUUGCUGUCUAUUGCCGGAUGUAAGCUCGGAACAAUACAAUAUGUCGGCUUGACGACAGACUUACUUUUGAAUAUAAGCAAACAUACCAAAGGGGUUGGUGGAUCUAGAAACACUGGCACUGUUCAUUUGGAAAUACCUAUUAUACAUGUACAAGUGUUUGGAGAGGAAUCCAUUACGGAAGUAGUCUCAGACAUAUACCUAAAUCCCAGGAGGUCAUACCUUUUGUUACAAUUACUGACCUCGGUGUAUGAGAGAAAAGGAUAUUCAAGUUAUUCAAUACUAACUUUCAUCUUUUUUCACACACAAAUUAUGUGUUGUAUCUAUAAUAGUGUUUAAGAAUAAAUAGAAUAGAAAAACAAAUCAUGGCGAGGUAUUCAGCAAUCUCCUUGAUUCUUAGCUUGGCAUGACAGUGCGAAAACGUAGAAUCCUGAUACAGACUCAGUGUAUACAACCGAGACAGUAUUAUUUGUGAGCAAAUUUUGGUACAUAUAGCCGGUAUGAAUUCAUCUUCAUUUUUUCAAGUAAGACACUGCGCAUAUAUCUAUGUUUACUACCUUGAUUUAAUAGGUAAAAACAACUGAUCGACCCGAUUCAUUAGCUAAUGAAUAUUAACGUGAAUACAGUGGAGACGAAACAGCAGCGGCAUGCUCAAAUACAGGAUUGAUGUCAGGUUCAUUCAGAUAACACAAGCACUUUCCACUCCUUCUAACAGUGGGACAAACCAACAGAAACCACUAUAGAUAGCUGUUGUAUGGUUUUCUGUUAUACUAAAACGUGAUGUCAAAAUACUUGUUGGAGCGUUUGAUCGUCGCAACCAUGUGCUUUCAUUAUUUCUAUUUGCAUAAAUCCUUUGCCAACUUGAGUAGGUGAGUCUCUGAUUGGAUAACAAGACGGUCUGUUAAGUUCCGAUAGGGAGACAUUCCCAUAAUCGUAGGGUAGUAAACUGUUGUGAUAUAAAAGCGCAGCUAGUCAGGCUUAAUAUAAUGGA